AUGGAGACACCAGCAGAACCGAAGAUGAAAUUAUUCUCUCUGUCCGACUUCCCAUUCCAAGACGGCACAAUUCUUCCGGAAAUUCGCCUUGCCUACCUAGAUCUCAACACAGAGGCUUCCAAGGUAGCUGUGAUCCAGACAUGCUUCCGGGGCAGAGUCAAUUCAGCACUCAACUUCGCCAAUGGAGCACUGCACAACCACAGAAUCAUCGUGGUAGCAUUACUUGGCAACGGCGAGUCGUCAAGUCCCUCCAACACGCCGGGGUUUCCGAAGUCAAUUGAUUACCGAGACUGCGUUCGUGCCCAGCAUGAGCUACUCAAACAUCUUUCUAUUCAAACGGUUGAGGUCAUGGUUGGAUUCUCGAUGGGCGGCCAGUGCACUUAUUACUGGACCGUCAUGUACCCGGACUUUGUGCAAAACGCCGUCAUCGUUUGCUCCUCCGCUCGAACUAGUCGGCAUAACUUCCAAUUUCUAGAGGGGCCAAAAGCGGCGCUGGAGAGUUCCAUCGACUAUGCAGACGGAAAUCAGCAGACAGAGCUUCCCAAAUCACCGCGCGGUCUGAGAGCCUUCGGAAAGGCAUAUUCUGCCUGGUUGACAAGCGCCGAGUGGUUUGACCAAGAAACCUACAAGGAAUUAGGCUACGAAACACUACAAAACUGGGACGCCGAUGUUGCAGGUGCUAAUUACAAGAGUUGGCACCCGGACGAUCUUCUUGCGAAGCUGCAGAUGUGGCAAAAGGCAGACAUCACGGUGUGCGACUCAUCCUACGGCAGUUCCUUGGGGGAAGCAUUGUCUCAAAUCAGAGCCCGAGUGCUUCUGAUGCCUUGCCAAACAGACCAGUACUUUCGCUGGGAGGCUAGUGAGAGAGAAUGCCAAUUGAUUCCGGAUGCGCGGCUCAAGGUCAUACCGUCGAUCUGGGGCCACUUGGCUGGUGCUGGGAGUAACAAACGAGAUAUUGAUUGGAUGGAUCAGGAAAUCUCUGGGUUCUUGGAAAAUAUCAAACUAUAG